UCCGCGCGGGGCCGGCGGGCGGGUUGGCGCAUCCGGCCCUGCGCAGGCUUGCUGUCCCCAGCAUGAUGAAGGGCUGUCAGACAGAGUGCCUAGCUGGAGGGUGUACAGGGGGAACCAUGAAGCAAAUGACUGAAUCUUUCAAGGCUGAAGACUUAAUUAUUACCCCGGCAACUACUUUCAAGGAAAAACCAGACCCCAAUGGUUUGGUGUUUGGAACUGUGUUCACAGAUAACAUGUUGACAAUCGAAUGGUCUUUGGCUUCAGGAUGGGAGAAACCUCAUAUUAAGCCUCUUGAGAAUCUUUCGUUACAUCCAGCCUCAUCAUCUCUCCACUAUGCUAUGGAACUGUUUGAAGGAAUGAAAGCUUACAGAGGAGUGGAUGGUAAAAUCCGCCUGUUCCGCCCCAUGCUCAACAUGGACCGGAUGGCACGGUCAGCAAAGCGAGCCACGCUGCCAUGUUUUGAUAAGCAUGAACUCCUAGAUUGUAUCCGGAAGCUUGUGGAAGUGGAAACAGAGUGGGUCCCCUACUCAACCUCCGCCAGCCUGUACAUCCGCCCUACGUUGAUUGGAAUAGAGCCUUCUCUUGGAGUCAAGAAGCCAACUAAAGCCCUGCUGUAUGUCAUACUCAGUCCUGUGGGCCCUUACUUUGCAAGUGGAAGCUUUAAUCCAAUAUCCUUGUGGGCAGAUCCAAAAUAUGUAAGAGCCUGGAAAGGAGGAACUGGGGACUGCAAACUGGGAGGGAAUUAUGGUUCUUCUGUUUAUGCCCAGCAUGAAGCCAUAGAACAAGGGUGUCAGCAGGUUUUGUGGCUGUAUGGAGAAGAUCAUCAAAUAACUGAAGUUGGAACUAUGAAUCUGUUCCUGUACUGGAAAAAUGAAGAUGGAGAAGAGGAGCUGGCAACUCCACCAUUGGAUGGCAUCAUUCUUCCUGGAGUGACAAGACAGAGUAUUUUGGAUUUGGCACGCCUGUGGGAAGAAUUCAAAGUGUCCGAGCGGUACAUCACCAUGAGUGAUCUGACAACUGCCUUGGAGGAAAACAGAGUGAAGGAGAUGUUUGGUGCUGGGACUGCUUGUAUUGUAUGUCCCAUUUCUAAAAUAUUAUACAAGAAUGAGAAUUUGCACAUUCCAACUAUGGAGAAUGGACCUCAGCUGGCCACUCGCUUCUUAAACAAGCUGACUGAUAUCCAAUAUGGGAGAGAAGACAGUGACUGGGCAAUGCUGGUGUCAUGAGCACAAAGCGGGAGAAGACUGGACCUUCCAUACACUAAAGACGAGCCAAACCAUUACACACAAAUGAUGACCAACUUACCUAAUGGCGUAUGAGUAGUGUAGUCUUGUCACCUUGAUCCCCAAGAUAUUUGUUUCUCUAUGCCAGGGAAUGUGAACACAAUCAUUUUGAUUUUUACUAUAAUCUUGUUAGUAGAGGCGUCUCUUCUCUUUUAGGGGUGCUAGAUGUAAGCAAUAGAACUUUUCCUAGUGGUUUUCUUAGUGCCUCUUUGUGUCUUAUGUACAGUCCAAAAACUUGUAAAAUACUUUUCAACUGCUCUUCAGUGUCUUUUUUUCCUCUCCCAAUUACUGUCACUGCCACCACCAGAGUUGACUGCUAUAUAAAGAACAGUCCACUGUUUGGGGGCCUGUUAAUAUCUCUUUGUUUGUGUGCUCAGCUGUUGAAUACCUUUUAACCUUUACAUUUUCCCCCUUCUUUUACUAUAUUUGGGUGGCAGGUUCCUCUCUUGAAUUUCCAGAACUCUUAAUAUUCUCCCUCAUUUUUAUUCUGCCAAAACACAGCAUCAUUUUUUAAAUCCCAUGACAGAGCAUGCACUCCUUCAGAAUGAGGAUAUAUUCAGUCCCAGAGCAUAACAACAUAGGAUGCUUACAGAAGUAGAAAAAA